AUGCUAAGAAGCAGUAUUACUCAAUCCACUAGUAAAAACACUAGUAGAAUAUUAAAUUCUCUGAUUAACAAACGCUACAAUAAUACUAUUUCCUCCAAGGGUAAAAUAUUAAGUGUUUCCACUAACAACUCCGGGUUUACAACUGUUGAAUUUCUUCCACCCAGUAUUCCCGGCACAAAUGGUGCCAAUAAAGGCUCUGCUACAAAUAUCAAGCCACUAAAGGUUUGUUUAAAUAAUAUCUUUCUAAGAGAUGCUUCAAAAUCACCUAAUUCAGUUAAUCCGGUGACAAAACAAAAGUUGUUUAAUACAGGGAGCCUAUUGAAAAACAUUGGGUUCCAUUGUCAGCCUAAGAGAAUCCAAGUUUCGGAGUGUGGUGGGUUUGUUAACAUUGAAUGGAACGAUGGAGAUAAAUUUAUGUAUCCAUAUAGAUUUUUUGUCAAAUAUUCUGGUUCUUCCGAAAUCUCAAAAUUAAAAGAUAAUAAAAUAUUCCCUCAUAGACAAAUAUUGUGGGAUUCUACAAAAUUGCAGCAACAGAUGACUACUGAUGACGGGUUGACCGUGGAUUAUGAAAAGUUUAUGAACGAUGACUAUGUUCAAUAUUUGACGUUAUUAAACAUGAAUAAGUAUGGUUUGGCGUUUAUCAAAAAUGUGCCAGCUGUGAAUAGUAGUAGCAAUUCACCUGAUAAUGACUCCGUUUUGGUUAGCAUAGUUGACAAAAUUGGUGGUUUUGUUGUUCCAACAGUGUACGGCAACGUUUUUAAAUUUGAUGCAACAAACACCGACACUAAUACACAUACAAAUAUUGCAUUUUCUGAGGGCAAGUUACCCUUACACAAUAGUCUAACAUAUUUGGAAAAUACCCCUGGCUGGCACUUGUUACAUUCAAUUAAAAAUGUUGGUGAUGAAUUGGAAGGUGUAAAUUAUUUUGUUGAUGGAUUUAACGCUGCUAAAUACGUUCGUGAAUUGGAUACAGCUGCAUAUCAAGCUUUGACGAAUGUUCCGAUUAACUUCCGUUUCAGACAAGGUGACAGGAGAUAUUAUCAAUCUAAGCCACUCAUCCAAGAGCAUGAAUCUGAUAAUAAUAAUGUUUUGUUGUCUUCAUACAAUGAACUUAUUAAGGAAAUCAAUUAUUCGCCACUAAACCAAGCACCAUUUACAUUUGGGAUUUGGAACAAAGGCACGAACGGCGAUGCAGUUGUUACAGAUAAAAAUAAAUUAACACAACGAUUUGAAUUUGAAGAUUUCUUACGGGGUUUGGAGACUUUUGAAGAUUUUAUUGAUAAGCCUGACAAUCAAUUCCGAAUUAAGACACCAUCCAAUACGGUGGUCAUUUUUAAUAACAGACGUGUUUUAGCAGGUAGAAGUGGGUUCGGAAAGAGUAACAGGGUUAUGAACGGCUGUUUCAUGGAUAACGAUCCUACCAUUAGUAGACUAAUUUAUUUGGAGGAAAAGUAUGGUAAGAAAAACUUGACCUGA